AUGGCAUCCCAUGAAGAGAACCAUACUUUUAUGGACUGGGGUAUGCUUUCCUUCAUUAGAUCUCUCAAAAGCAUGCUACGGUCUGCAAAUGCAGUUGCUGUUAUUACAUUUCCACCUUCCCUUCUUUCACCAUCCUUCUGUAAAAGAUGGCAGCACAUGGCAGAUGUGUUACUGUCUGUCAGAGCUAUCCCAGACGAGGACAGGGAAUUGGGAAAACUACUAACUGGUUACCAAGACAUGGUUGGCUUCCUUAAUGUGCACAAAAUAGCAUGUGUCAAUACUCAGGUUCCCAUGAUUCUUGAGACAACAACAUUCUCAAUAAAAUUGCAAAAGCGAAGGUUUUUAGUUUUAGAGUGCUUAAAUCAAGCCCCUAUUGAUGGUUCAAGUGGGACUUCAUAUGGCACAUCUGGUGGUUGUUCUGUGUCCUCCAAAAGUGGCGCCCCUUGAUUUUUAGCAUCAUUGCAUAUAGAUCACCAGGGAAGUGCUUGUCAAACCAACACUGAGAGUUAACCAGGAACGGAACAGAAACAUUGUUGGUCCUUGCAGGCAGAACACUCGAGGGUUUUUAUCAUUAACUGG